UCCGGACUUGGACUUUUCUCUUCGGAUUUGUGUCCCUGAGAUGGGCUCGGCCCGCGGCUGAGGUUCUGGUGAUGUUGGCCGUGGGUCAGAUGGACGGGUCCCGACAGAGCGCCUUCGUCCUCGGCAGCCCCCCCCUGGCCGCUCUACACAGCAUGGCGGAGAUGAAGACCCCCCUGUACCCGGCCUUCCCGCUCUCCUGCACCGGACCCGCGUCCUCCACCUCGCCGGCCACCACCUCCCCGAACCCGGGCGGCAUGGCCGCGUCCUCCCUGGGGAUCAAAACUUCGUCGGGCCCGUCGUCCGGACUCGGGUCGCCGCAGCAGAGCUCCUCCGCCACCCCGCACGGGAUUAACGACAUCCUGAACCGGCCGUCCGUGUCCGCGGCCUCGGCGGGGAUUCUGCCGGGUCUGCCCCGCUUCAGCAGCCUCAGCCCGCCGCCGCCGCCGGGACUCUACCUCAGCACGGCCGUGGCCCGGUACCCGAAGCCGCUGGCGGAGCUGCCGGGCCGGACGCCGAUCUUCUGGCCCGGGGUGAUGCAGAGCGCGCACUGGAGGGACGCCCGGUUCACCUGCUCGCCCCAUCAGAACUCGGUCCUGCUGGACAAGGACGGGAAACGGAAACACACGCGGCCCACCUUCUCCGGUCAGCAGAUCUUUGCUCUGGAAAAAACUUUUGAACAAACCAAAUAUCUGGCGGGACCCGAACGAGCCCGGCUGGCCUACUCCCUGGGCAUGACGGAGAGCCAGGUCAAGGUUUGGUUCCAGAACAGAAGGACGAAGUGGAGGAAGAAACACGCGGCGGAAAUGGCCUCGGCCAAAAAGAAGCAGGACUCAGAGACCGAGAGACUCAAAGCUUCGGACCAGGACGACGACGACUACAACAAGCCUCUGGACCCGAACUCGGACGACGAGAAAAUUACACAGCUGCUGAAAAAACACAAACCGGGGCCGUCGGUGCUGGUGCACAGCUCGGAGCCCGACAGCCCCUGAUCCGCACCGGCGGCCCUUUUGGCACAGAGACAGACGGGACCCGGGACCCGGGACCCGGGACUCGGACACUCCGGCGGAGGAGGGUGUAAAUAGAAACGUGAGUUGUGACGGUAGAAACGAUAAUUUAUGUGUAAAAACGUUCGGGACUUCCACGAGGCUCCCGGGAGGUUCGGGUCGGACUGCGGAGCCCGGAGGACUGUGAGGGUUCGGAUGGUUCCGGCACACGGUUCCUCUUCGGUUCUGACACUGAAUGGAUUCUGUAAGGCACUUUUAAUAA